AUGGGGGUCCGUCCAAAAAGAACGUUCACACGUUGCAGCCAGUCACAUGCCAAAGAAACAUCAGCCAAAAAACACUCACCUUCGGGUUACUUCCACCUCGCCUCCCAUGCCAGUUUGGCCGGUGCCCCAGGUGUUUUCUGGUGGCACAUGACUGAUUUCAAGGUCCUUCCCUGCGUGCAGCUCUUCGUGUCCCUUCCGCACCUCUUCCUGGCGCUCUCCCAGGUGCCGAUGGCAGCGCUCAGUGCCGAAAUGCGGCUUCAGCACUUGCAACGCACCCACUCCACAGCCAGAUAUUGGCAAGAGGCCUUGCUGAAAGCUCUAGCCCACGGCCAAAAAGGUGACGAUCGGAUGCCAGAUCUCAGCUUCCAGCUUGGCCAGCUAGUCUUUGAGUCGACCCAAACACCAUCCGAAGCCUCGGCCCAGCCUCGGCCCAAAGCACGCGAGCUGCGGAGACGAACCACGCCACAGUUGACAUGA